CCAAACUACGCCCACACAGUUUCUAUCUACUUCGGCCGGAACAGCUGAUUGGCCUUGAGCAGGACGAGCGCCCGGGUCACGGGGAAAGACCAAUUCGCCAAAGGAAGAAAAAAAACGUGAAAAGUGAAAAGGCGGAAUCACCGGAUGCAUCUCCUGUCGACGCAACGCCUGGCGCCCAUCAUCCACAACGCCAACCACCAGCAUGCGCUUCUCCCGCUGCUACCCGCUGCCGCGACGCCCGUGCCGUCGCCUCUUCUCCGGCUACCGACGAGGAACUCCAAGUCCUCGCCGCCGCGAGCCAUCUCGCCCGCGACGCCCACCACCGUUGCCACGGACGGUUCCACCGGAGCGCCGUCAGACGCAGACAAGUGGGAGGCGUUCGCGGCGCGGGUGUCCGGCGAGUGGGACGGCUUCGGCGCCGAGUUCACCGCGGCCGGCGACCCGGUGGAGCUGCCGGCCAACGUCGUCCCGGACGCGUUCCGCGAGUGGGGGGUGCAGGUGUUCGACUGGCAGACGCAGUGCCCCACGCUGGCCAACCCGGCCACGCCGUGCGCGCUCCACUACCGCCUCGUGCGCCUGCUCCCCACCGUCGGCUGCGAGGCCGAUGCCGCCACCGUGCACACCUCACAUCAGCGCCACGUCUCCUCCGCCUCCGCCUUCGCCUACGACGGCGCCUGGGGCUCCUACGUCGCUGCCUGGCCCAAGGGCCCCGCCACCGUGCUAGAGGUCGAGCACUGCCUCGUGCGCCCAGGCCCGGACACCGAAACGGUCAGGGCCAGGGUCGUGCAGACGGUGGCGCUGGGCAAGGACGAGGCCAGGCUGCGCGGGAUAAAGGUCUUCUCUGAGCAGUGCUACGGCCCGUACCGCAACGGCGACCAGCUCGGCGGCUGCGCGCUCCGCGAGUCCGCCUUCGCCGCCGGGGAGAGGCUCGCCGUGUCGGAGGUGGUGGGGCAGUGGGAGAGCGCCUUCGCUUGCACUGCCAGCUUCUCCGGCGCUCUCAACACCGAGACGGUGACGGGAAAGUUCUCCUCGUUGGAACCUGAUGACGAACCGCGGAGAACGGCGAGAGACGACACCGGCAUCCUCACACUGCUGCCCAAGCAGCUCUGGAGCUCCUUCAAGGUGAACGGCGACGACGGCGAGGUGGUGUGUGAGGUCGGGUGGGUGCUGGGCGACGGCAACGCGGUCACGUCGACCUGUGUCCUGUCCAAAGACGGAGACGUCAAGGUAAUAGCCACCGCCUACGAGUCCCGGGUGUAGGAGACCACCUGAGCAAAGCCACAUGACUUCCUUCAGGUUCCAUCACAUCUACACAUAGAAAAGAAUACACACAUCUAGAAUAGCCAUACUGAUAUGUAAAUAUUCAGACAAGGUGAUCUACUAAGAAAAUUGGUUCUGCAGAAUCA